AUGGACAUCAAUUCACUUCUUUCGCCGGACUCGAAUCCGAAAACCGGUAAUUCGACGCCCGUGCCUCAUCCUUCGUCAAACGCACCGGCCACCUCAGGGCCAUCCCCCCACAAAGUUCUUCAAAGAACCCGGUCAGGCUCGAGAAGAAGACAAAAGGUCUCUUCGCCUCUUGCACAACAGAUCUAUGCUCCUGCCGGUGAACCAUCGCCAGGGCCAGGGGGAAACGGGUCUUCCCCGACUGACGGACCGUCGAGACAGCCUCCCACUCCUGGGAUGGAUACUUUGGCGGAUUUAGCUUCCAUGCAGCACCACCAGCCGCAACGCCCAACCCCGACCACUAUGCUUCGGAAUACCGAGUCCUACGAACACCAGCUCUCCCCUUCAACCAUUCACCCUCAAGUCAAUUCAGUCAAUCACAACACCCCUACCUCUCUCGUCCCCUACGGCAUCGCCAUGUCCGACGGGCGCGAUCCCUCGCAAAGAACCUACGCCGCGACCUCUCUAGAACCUGACGCGCAGAAGACGGCGACUGAGCUUUUCCGUAGAAUUUCUCAAAACCCCCACACCCAUGACGCGCACGUUCAGUUCAUCGGAUUGCUCCAUGCUGGAUUUGUCAACCAUGUUUACCCGCCCAACAACCCAGAUGUGCACGGCGAUCCACGACGCUACGACUUACUCAACGACCUGAAGACGGCCCGGGAGGAGAUGGACAAGCUCUUCGCCAUGGGGGAGGAUCUCUGGGCUGAGUGGAUUCAGGAUGAGAGCAUGCUUGCUCAGAAUGUUGACGAGCGUAUCGGCGUCAUGGAUCUCUGCCAGCGGUCAGUUGACGAAGAGUUCGGUAGCACGAAGCUAUGGAAUAUCUACGGCGAGUGGGUGUUGUACCUGUACAACUCUACCCACGGCGAGACUGGCAUACAGUGGACGGAAGAGGAUCGCAUGGUUGGUCGCGAAGUCUUCACCUGGGAGUCGGUCUUGGAAGUGUGGCAGCGUGGCGCUGAGGCUACCAAGUGGAGGAUUAACAACAGCCACCUGGUCUGGGAUCGCCUUCUCGAUCUCCAUGCGCAGGAUAUUGCACGCGGUCCUUCCCAGGAAAAGAUCAACCAUCUUCGCGGACUCUAUGACGUUCGUCUGCAGACCCCCCAUGCCACCUGGGACGAGACUUUCCAGAAGUUCUCUGGCUUCAUCUCUACCUACUGCAACAGCAAGUACGAAGAUAUUAUGGCCGAGACUGUCGCUCGCGCUGCCGAACCCAAAGCGCUCUACAAUGCGCGAGAAGAAUUCGAACACCGCUUGGUGAAGGCGCAUGACUCUGGCGAGUAUACCCUUGAGUGGACCGUUUACUCCGAAUACAUCGAGUGGGAAUUGACUCGAAACCGCCGCAAGCGAGGGGAAUUCAGCUUUGAAUUAGUCAACGCCAUUUACCAGCGCGCCGUUCUCCAGUUCCCGACCGAUGUAUCACUCUGGGAAGACUACGUCAUGUUCCUGAUCAGUGAAUCAAUUCAUCGCCAUGCCUCUACAACAACAAUAUCCACACUGGACCGUGCCACACGCCACUGCCCGUGGUCCGGAAACCUUUGGUCCCAAUACUUGCUGAGCUCGGAAAGAGAAAACCAAUCAUUCAACAAAAUCUCGAACAUCAAGCACAAGGCAACUAGCACUGGCCUGCUUGAUGCUGGUGGACUAGAAGAAGUUCUCAAAGUCCACGUGACCUGGUGCAGCUAUCUUCGCCGACGUGCGUUCCUGUCUGACUCGACCGACGAAGACAUCGAUGUCGCCGAAGUGGGUAUUCGUUCCGCGAUCGAGAGCGUGCAGGAAUUGGGGGAAAAGAAGUACGGACCGGCCUACCAGGGCGACCCUAUGUUCCGCCUCGAGCGGAUCUAUAUUCGAUUCCUCAGUGAAAGCGGCAGCUGGGACAGCGCCCGCGAAACCUUCAGGGGGCUUGUCGCCCGCCGUGGUGGAAGCUACGAGUUCUGGCUUGCCCACUAUUCAUGGGAACUGAUUUGCUGGAGCAAGUUCGUCCAGGGUGAAGCAACUGUCGAUGCGGCCCGGCGUACGCCGAAUCCCAGCUAUGCCACCGCAGUGCUGAAGCAGGCGAUCAAGAGAACAGACUUGGAUUGGCCUGAUAAGAUAUUCCAAACCUAUAUCACCCAUUGCGAAGACUAUGAAGACUCCGAUGAGCUACAGCUUGCCAUUAUUGAGACUCGCAAGGCCAUGAGAGCCGUCAACGCUCGGAGAGAAAGGGAGACACGAGAGGCCGCCGCCGCCGCAGCACAACAGCAGCAACAGCAGCAAUGGGAGGCCGCCAUGGAAACAGCUGCCUCGCCAGAAAAAAGAAAGCGCGAGGACGAGAAGGAUGCGAUGCCGGAGCCUAAGAAGGCCCGCAGCGAUGAGGCGCCGUCUUCUGAAGCUGCCCCGGAACCGGAGCCUAGCCUCUCACGGGAUCGGGAAAACGCAACUGUCAUGGUUAAGAAAUUGCCGAAGGGUACCACUGAGCACGCUAUCCGGCAAUUCUUCCGUCACAGUGGCACCAUCAACCGUGUCAGACUGCUCCACAGGGAAGAGAAGCAGACAGAGGAAGCCAUCAUCGAGUUCGAAACCAAAGAUGAGGCUCUGUCUGCCUUGACCCGUGACCAGAAACAGUUCGACGGAAAUGUCAUCGAUGUGGUAAUGGGUGCGGGAACAACGCUGUGGAUCACGAAUCUGCCGCCAACUGCGGAUGAGAAAUACUUCCGUGACCUCUUCAGCAAGUACGGCGAAGUGAUUGAUGUCCGCUUCCCUUCUCUCAAGUAUGACAAGGACAGACGUUUCUGUUAUGUCGACUUCUCAACUCCGAGUGCAGCUCUCCAUGCGACAGAGCUCAAUGGAAUGCGUUACGACAAAGACCAGAAGCUGUCUGUGAAAAUCUCUAACCCUGCACAAAAAACCGAGCGCACCGGUCCUAGAUAUGAAGGUCGGGAAAUUUACAUCGUCAACAUUGAUUGGAGUGUCGACGAAAAUCAUCUCCGCGAGGUUUUCACUCGGUUCGGAGAAGUUCAGAAGGUCAACCUUCCUCGCAAGAUCGAUAACACCAGCAAAGGAUACGCAUUUAUCAUUUUCAAAACGAAGGAAGAAGCCAACCAGGCACUCGCCAUGAACGGUGAAGUGAUCAAAUCGCGCGCUGUUCGCGUUGAGAUUGCCACCCCUGGUGGUAACAAGCGAGUCAGUGCCACCACUAUCUCCAGAGUCGCCGGACGGGGACAGUCGGUAGAGGCCAACGGCACUGCGGAACUGGAAGUCCCUGUCGGGGAGGUCGCCGAGCGUACCAUUGCCUUGAUGAACAUCCCGGACACCGUCAACGAAGCCCGGAUCCGUGCUCUUGUCGAGCCACUCGGGCGCUUGGUCCGAAUUUCCUUGCGUCCUGACCACCAAGGUGCCAUCGUGGAAUUUGUCGAUGUCCAUGAUGCCGGCAAGGCCAUGAUGGCCCUUGAAGGGAAGGAAAUUGCGUCCGGGCGCCCACUUCACCUGGGCACCGUCGCGGAGAUGAAGCAACAACGCGCCGAGUGGAGAAACGACCGCGUCACAUCGGUGAAGCGUGACGACAAACCCAAGAAGGUUGCUCUCCAACCCACCGCCCCAAUCAAGCGACCUCAGCAACCGGGUCGGAAGGGUGGCCUCGGACUGAAACGACACACCCCCGCCCACGCACCGAAACAGACCCCAGCUGACCAGAUGGACACCACGGCCGACGGCGAGAAGCCCAAAAAGAGCAACGAUGACUUCCGCGCCAUGCUGCAGAAGUGA